UUCGACGAAGCAGGGAGUAGAGAGAGGAUCCCGGUGGGGAGCUUGUCCAAUCUUGGCGGUCGGAACAACGAACUCAUCCGCUUGAAAGAAAUGGAAACAAAUUAAAUAACGGUUUCUGGUAUACACUAUACAAUCUUCCCUCUUCUUCGCAGUUGAGGGGCACAGAGUAGUGUGAAAAUUGUGAAUGCUGUAAUCUUCCACACCUGCCGCACUCUGCUCCCUCUGUAACUUCUCUAUCACUUCAAACGCACACUUUUCUUUUUCUUCAUAUUUGCAGACUCCGUUUGAAACCCUAGCUUCCAAUGGCGAUUGCUUCUCACUCGACUCCGAGCUUUUCACCUUCUUUCUGCUCCACUCGGACCCAAAUCACUCGCUUCUCGCGCUUUCCCUCCGUCACCUUGUCUCAGUCUCGUUCAAAUCAAACUCGCUCUUUAACUCGUCGACUUAUAUCGUCUCGGCUCAAUUCGUCUAAAUUCUCCGAUGCUGAUGGCUUUGUCUCGCCUGGCAAUGGAGAUUCCCCCUACGAACUCCAACACGAUUUUUCGCCUCAGCGUCAGAGGAGAGGAUCGCCGGUGUAUGUCACGCUUCCGUUAGAUGCCGUGGGCCCAGAGGGACGAGUCUUGAGGCCGAAAACUAUGACUGUCUCGUUCAGGGCGCUCGCAUCCGCUGGAGUGGAAGGCGUGGUUUUGGAGAUUUGGUGGGGUUUAGUUGAGAGGAAUGAGCCUAUGGUUUAUAAUUGGAACGGCUAUUGGCAGCUCGUCAAGCUGGCUGGGACGUGCGGCCUGAAGGUUCGAGUUGUUCUUGCGUUUCAUCAGUGUGGCACGGAUCCUGCUGAUCGUAAUUGGAUACCUCUUCCUCUGUGGGUGAUUGAUGAGAUAAAAAAAGAUCCAGGAUUAGUAUAUUCAGAUAGGUUUGGGACAAUAAGUACUGAAUACAUUUCACUUGGAUGUGACACACUUCCUGUGCUCUGUGGACGAUCUCCAAUUCAGGCAUAUGCUGAUUUUAUGAGGAACUUCAGGGACGCCUUCAGGCCUUACUUUGGUAUUAUCAUAACAGGAAUACAGAUUGGUAUGGGUCCUGGUGGUGAAUUAAGAUAUCCUCUCUCUCCUUCCCAGUUAAUCCAUGCUAGGCAUACAGAAUUUGGAGAAUUUCAGUGCUAUGAUAAGUAUAUGAUUGCAUCACUAAAUGCUUGUGCAAGAGAUAUUGGUAUGCAUGCAUGGGGACAAGGUGCUCCGCAUGGCACUGGAAGUUUCAGGCACAAUUUGUUUACUACUAGUGAGUAUAGCCCCUGGAACACGCCACAGGGUAAGUUUUUUCUUGAGUGGUACUCGGGGAUGCUGCUACUGCAUGGAGAAAGAAUCUGUAGGGAGGCUGAAACUAUAUUUAGGGGUACAGAAGUCAGCAUGUCAGCAAAAGUGGCUGCUAUUCACUGGCACUAUCUGACUGAUUCCCAUCCAUCGGAGUUAACCGCAGGAUAUUACAAUACUUCUGAGAGGGACGGGUACUUACCCAUUGCUCUUAUGUUUAGUAAGUAUGGAUUUGGUAUAUGCUGCUCAUGCUUUGAAAUGCAAGAUGCAGUAGAAAAUAAGAGAAACCCAGUUGGCAGCCCGGAAGGUUUUCUUAGACAGCUGGUGUUGGCUGCUAGGCUCUGUGACAUACAACUGGAAGGUCAAAAUUUUUCGUCCAAUUUCAAUGAUAUGGCAUUCGAGCAGGUGCUGAAGAUGUCAAAGUUAUACACACAAGGGGUGGAAAAGCGUCCCUUCUCUUUCAACUUUGUGAGAAUGGGCGGGAAAAUGUUUGAAUCUCGUUUUUGGGACCGAUUCACUCGUUUUGUGAGGCAAAUGUCAGAUGGGAAAAUUUUACGAGCCAGACUAAAUUCUGUUGGUGACGUGCGUCUUAAGUCCUUGACUAGGGCUGCAGAAGUUGGACUGUAUUACUAGCACUGCUAAUCCAGGUUCCGCCUGCUGAUAUCAAGGAUGCAUAUAAUCUGAUGAGUUCGGAUAUAGUGUCGUAAAAUGUGUACUGUUUAGUAAAUGCCUAUUCUUCACAUGGUUCCUCAAUUGCUUUUGCCGCAAAUAGUUGCUUUUACAAAGUACCAAUUUACGUUGCCUUCCUGAUUUUGUAAAUGGGGGGCAUAUUAUUCAUCAGCUUGUUCCCGCAUUGCAAAUAAUUGAGAUAGAAUAUUGGAAAAAAUCUGUGUAAUCCGUAUCCCAUACAUAAAAGCAUAACCUCCCAGCUUCUUUCUUCCCAACAGGUUUGACCAGUCUUAAAGAUUCGAGGGUCAGAAUUGCAACUA